UUUUUUAUCAUAAAUACCACUAGUCAUCAGCUAUGUAAUCUGUGCUCUUUGUAAAGUUAGCAAAUAUGAGUGAUACAAAAAAUAUAUGCAAAAUUUUAGUCGGUAAUCCAACAGGGAAGAGACAAAUUUAAAAAGUGUGCUUAGCUGACACGGGCUGUUUAAGAAUGCGGUGCGUGUGGAUUGGAUUUAACGUGCUCAGGAUAGGAUCCAGUGGCAGGCUGUUGUUAACACAAUAAUGAACAUCUGAGUUCCAUCAAAACAGAAAUUCUUAACCAACUUUCAUCAGUCGCCCAAGAAGACACGCUGUUUAACUUAUUGAAAUCAAAAGUGAAUCAUUGAAACAGAAUGGCACAAGAACUCGCACCUUUUCGUAGGCAGCCAACAUUACACGCGUGUAGUGAAAUAAAGUAUUCAGUCCCACCAACCGAACAAGUCAACUAUCUGCUAGUUUUGUCAGACUUUAAUUAUUUUGUACAAGGAUAAACAUUUUUUUUUGUCCGUCACAAAACUAUCAGUGUUUAUAAAAUCAAUCAGAAACUGUUGAUCAAGAUGGUUGUCUUGUUGGGGUGUUUUACCACGUGGUCUUGUAGAUACUGGCCGACGUUUCAGAGCGAUUUAUUGCCUCCAUCACCAAGGCUUUUCUACAAGGCGCAAAGACCCUCAGUGAAACCAAAGUCAGUUGUCAGGGCGCGAUGGGACCCAAAACCUGUGCAGUGUGUACGGAACCAGCCAAUCAGCGUUGCGGUGGGUGUCACGUGAUCUACUACUGUUGCAGAGACCACCAGAGACUGGACUGGAAGGGACACCGAAGCAGAUGCAAACCCUUUAAGGUUGCGGAUAACAAGGCGCUGGGUAGGCACCUCAUCGCCACGCGGGACAUCAAGGUGGGGGAGGUGAUCCUGGACGAACAACCUCUGGUGGCGGGGCCCUCACAAGUAACUCCUCCUGUGUGCCUGGGAUGCUACAGGAUACUCACAGAGCAGUCCGCAUGUGCAUGUCUGGACUGUGGCUGGCCGAUGUGCAGCGAGGACUGCGCGCGCACCCCGGCACAUCGAGCGGAAUGUGACAUCACCAAGCUCAAGAAGGGCUCCAAGGUUACAGUAAGGAAUUUCCUUCAGCCGCAUCCGAUCUACCAAUGUGUGACGACGCUCCGUUGUCUGUACCUCCGCGACUCUGACCCGGUUAAGUGGGAGCGCCUUCAGUCUCUCGAGUCGCACUGCGAAGAGCGCAAAAAGACGCGACGCUACGAGGACGACCGCGUCACUGUGGCGCAGUUCCUGCGUCACUUCUUCCACCUGCAGGACUUUGAGCAGGAAGAGAUUCUGCGAGUCUGUGGGAUUUUGCAGGUGAACGGACACGAAGUUCCUGUAACCGAUCCCCCACACGUGGCGGUGUACGACCAGGCCUCUCUUCUGGAGCACAGUUGCCGUCCGAACUGCUCGAAAAGCUUCACUCCUGAUGGAGGUCUCAUCAUCCACGCACUGGAGCCUAUUCUCAAGGGCCAGCACCUGUCCAUCUGCUAUACGGACGCUCUGUGGGGCACCGCCAACAGGCGUCACCACCUCGCGGAAACCAAGUUCUUUUGGUGUCGGUGUGUCCGGUGCGCGGAUCCCACUGAGUUCGGGACGUACUUCAGCGCAGUCCGCUGUCUGAGCAAGACGUGUGACGGGUACCUGGUACCUGAAAACAGUCUUCUGGAGGACAGCGACCUGGGGACGACCAUUUGGCGGUGCGGACGAUGUUCCGUGUCGGAGACAGCGCCCAGGGUGCUGUCGGUGCUGGAGCGAGUGGGCUCGGCGCUAAGCAGCAUGCAGAAGGGCGACCCGCGGGUUUGCGAGCACUUCCUGGCGCAGUUUUCCCCGGAGCUGCACCCCAACCAUUACUACCUCACAGACGUCAGAUUAGCCCUUGCUCAACUCUACGGACAGACCAGCGACGUGGGCCUGGUUGGGAUCUCAGACCAAGACCUGUCCGAGAAGGCCUCUCUCUGCCGACAGGUACUGGAACUAAUGAACACCCUGGUGCCAGCGGAACACAGAGUAAGGGGUGUGCUGAUGUUUGAGCUGCACGCCGCUGUAGCCGAGGUGGCCAGGAGGGCCUCGAACAGGGGUCAAUUAGACCCCAUGGCUCUCAGAGAUAGUCUGCUCGAAUCCAAGCGACUUCUGACGGAAGCAUCGUUCCUCCUAAGCCACGAACCGGAAACACUUCCAGAAGGAAAAAUUGCUCUGCAGGCCAGGAAGAACUUGACAGACCUUAACACACUUCUGCAGAAUAUCCACGCGUCUAUCGGCGAUAGCCCACUAUAGUACAGACAUCGGUGAAUGGAUCAGUCCCGAUGACCUGAACGUGUUUCGAGGAGGGUCUGAGCUGACAUCUUCCGAAAAUAAGCAAGGAAAAGCGCGCUUUGGAGGCAGAAAGAGGCCCGCUGACAUGUUUAUAUAUUGAUAAUAUGAUCCUUUAUGUCUUAAUUUUCCUGACAAAAAUGUAUAACAACGAUAUGAAAUAAAAUCGAGGUUGUCAAAUUAA